UAAAUGACUGAAUGAAAAAUUAUGUUUAAAAAAUUAAAAAAAAAAUCUCGUUUAAUGUGUAAAUGAAAAAACGUAAAUCAAAUAAAAAGUCUAGAAUAUACAUCGCAUAAGAAAACAAACCAACAAAACAAUUCAUUAGUAUUAAGUGGGGCAAAUCAGGAGAACAAUUGUGUUUAAAUGAAUCUUUGUAAAUGUGUUAUUUGUACGCAAGUGUUUUAAGUAAUCCAAAGUCACAGUGUAAAUGAUAUACAGCAACCAGAUGAUGAAAACACAAGAAACAUUAAACUAUAAGAGAGUUUAGCGUGCAACCAAGCGAUGAAAAGCGAGAAAGAGAUAGAGAGAGAGAGAGAAUUGUUGCGGGAGAGGUAUUUUUUCGUUUGUUCGAAGCAACUUAAGUAAAUGAGUGCCUCAGAAUGUAAGUUGAAUGUGAUUGACAAAACUACAGCAAAUAAAACAAGCCUAGAUUUAAAAAAAACACAUGAGCGCAGGUGUUAUUGAAUGUGAGAGAGUCUUAAAAUACGUUUAAAAUGAAUAAUGGUAACAAAUUUCAAUACAAUUACAAUUAAACAAAAAAAUAAAAUUUAGUGUGUAAUCUCAUGAAACAAUCGAGAUCACAAACGGCUGUUGUUAGGAAUAUUCCAAAGAAAUACGCUUACAACGUAAAUAAGACAAACGUAAACAAAAAUGAUAUUUAAUCAAUUGUACCAGAUAAUGAAAAACAGAAGAAACAAGUUCAACAUAAUUCGACCAACGACAAUUCAAGUUGUUAGCUCAUCAUAUCCAUGCUAAGUUUCGAUCCGCCUCGAAUUUCAACGGAGCAAACAGAAACUCAUCAUGAACGAUUGAGUAUUAUCGAGUAAAACCAAAAUAUUUUUAAAAUCGAACUGGAUAAACAAUAAGCAGAAAUUCAUUCUGAAACUAACUGAUGAAAGUAAUAAUCUAAAGAAAAUGCCGUUUUUGGUCUUUAAUUGUGCUUUGUGUUUUAGAUUAUAUGAUUAAUUUUCUUCACAAUGUGAAAAUCAUAAAUUUGUUCUCUUUUUGAUACAGCGACGAUAUUGUUUAUUUCUACAAACCUCAAAAAAUUGUGAAUCAAAUACAAUAAUUUUAUCGAAACAAAAUAAGUGAAUGAACAUUCUUGCCAUUUUUUACAAACACAAGUUUAACUAUAAAUCGUACAUGUGGAAUCGUACACAAGAAUUUCGCGAUAUUUAAAAGAUAAACAUUAUUGUAUUAUAAUUUUUUUAAGUGACGGUUUUUUCGUUGCAAUUGUUUAAAUUCAAAUAAGAUAAAAAAAAAUGAAUUUUUCAUUUCUUUUUUUCUUUGACACACAUCUGUUUUUUUAUUCGAUUUAUGUAUUAGACAAUGUACGAUUCAACUAAUUCACUUAUUUUGUUCGAAUAAUUGGAUAUAAAUUAGAAGAAGAAAAAAAUGAUCAAAAAGAAAACGGCGUAAUUUAUGGUUUUCCCAUGGAAAUAAAUUGAAAGAAUCAUUUCGAUCAAAUACAUUUAAUUAUUAGUGCGAUUGUUGUCGAAUGUGAGACGAGAAAAAUAGAGAGAGAAAUCGCGUGUUCAAAAGGAAAAAAAUCACAUUUUUUUAUUUGUUCAAAAAUGAUAUCAUAAAAAUUCCGUGUCAAAAUUAAAAUUGUUGUUUAUUUCAAGGUGACAACAUUUGUUGUAUACGAUAACAUUCCUGCGAUUUAUGCGCACAUCAUAAUCUUAUAUUUCUCAAAUGUUUGCAUUAAAUAAUAAAUUUCUGACAUGACUUUAAUUAUUAUCAUUGGUCGACAUAUCCAAAUGCAAUAAAUCAAUUUUGUUGCAUCUUACGCCUGAACUACAUCGAAAGCAUAUAAUAGCAUGGAAAUGAUGAUAUUUUCGGUGUCGCUGACAUCGAACAUACUUUCGCUUCUUGCUAAUUUAACCCGGUUUAUGUGAUUCUAAAAAUAGUAUUUUUGACAGCAAUUUCCUCUUUGUUGAAUGAAAAUAAUGUUUGGCUCCCGAUGAGCACAUAUAUAUAAUAUAUAUAUAUCAUUUUGUGGGUGUGAUAUGCAAAUGAAUUUUUGUUUGUUCCAUCAAAUAGUAUGUAUCAUGAAGAAGGAGAAGAAAAUCUGAGUGAAAUCGUUACAAUUGAAAUUAGAUUAUAAGAGUUAGCAACAAUAACAAAGAAAACAAACAAAACAAAGAGAAAAAAUCAUAAAAAAGCAAAAAAAAAAAAUAAUCGUGAACGAGUCUGUGAUUUGGGAAGGCUUUCGUAAUAUCUAAAUUGAAAGCAAAGUCAAAAACAAAUACAAUACAAAAUAAAUUAAUAAAGUAUUUUUAGCUGUAAUGAUCAGCGCCAUUAAAAUCUUUCCUCUUGACAUAGGGAAAUGUAAUUUAAAAUAAUAAUAAUAAACAAAAACAUAAAAGAUGUGUCAGUAAACUUAAAUGUUACUUAAGCCUUCUCAAUUUUUAAAUGAUUUUUUUUAGUUUUAUAGGCAUUAAUUUAAACUAGAGAAACAAAAUACAAAUAAAUUAAAUGAUAUUAAGAUGAUCCAUUCUCAUAAACACACACACAAUCACACAUUUUUUUUCCUUUUGAAAUUCUAAAUAGAAAACAAAAACACUUUACAUAAUAAUCAAAUUGUGAUUGCAUGAUGAAUACAUGAGCCAAAUUAAAAUUGUGUGAAUAAAUGAACGUGGACCAUACUAAAAAUAAUAAUAAUAAUACUAACAAAUCUAAAUGUGAGAAAAACCAAUUCUGAAUGCAUGAAUGUGAUUUUAAUAAUCUGCCAUUUUUUCGGCAUUGAACACCCCGCUUCACUUUUAUGGCGGUGUUCAUCAUCAAAUGCUCAAACUUCGUGAAGUCUGUGUAGUUUCACUUGUUAAUCCCAUUGUGGGUAUCAUCUUUGAUAUAAUAAUAUUUAUCAUCUUUCUCUCUUUCCGUUUUUCUUUUUUGAAAUGUUUGAAUGUUGAAAUUGUGAAAUUGCGAAUAAAAUAACAAACUAUUUUCAUAAUACAAAACAAACAAAUGAUCAAAUUGUGUGAUUUAAUCGAUCGAAAAUAAAUUUAAGUCAAAUUGAAUAAAUGUGUAAAAUUUAUGACAUGUUCGUAGUCAACAUACAAACAAAUUAGAUGAAUGUAAAUCUAUGUGUAAUGAAACUAAAUGAUAAACGAAACAUUAAAAAAAUGUACCAAAAUGUUAUGAAUGCUGAUGAAUAAAUCAAAUAAAUGACUGCAUGAGAAUGAAAAAAUUUGGAGUUUGUUUUCAGCACUUUGUUUUACUUGACCGAUGUGACUUCAAUUGCAAAAUUGCUGUUGUCGUUUUUUUUAUAGCCACAACAAUUGUUACCCUUUUACAAUCAAGUGUUGCAUACGAAUGCAAUUUUGGAAUCGACGAUUUAGCACUUGUAUGGCAUCCCACCAAUGUUACGACAAUUCCACAUUGCGCCAAAUAUGUGUUAUUGAUACUGCUGUUGCAUUUGUUUACAUAAGGUGCACAUUCACUAAAUCCGUUUGCCAAUAUCGUCCAACAAGAGAAAAAUGUUCAUUCGGAAAUAAUGUCACACGCUUUUAUUCCAUCUUUAAGGUAAUUAGAAUGUAUUGUGUGGUGUCGAAAGUAAGUUGACUCUGUUCAUACAAAGGGUAAACGCAAUUUAUUUUCGCGAUGACCGAAUCGCGGAAAUCGAAUUUAAAUCUUGAACAAAAUGUGACGCCAAAUGAACCGCUUGAUUUGGACGAUUUGCUUCCUGUGUUGGGUGAAUUUGGGUGUUAUCAAAAGCUGUUGCUGUGGUUCAUUUGUUUACCGGCCUGUAUACCGUGCGGAUUUUGUGCAUUCAAUCAAUUAUUUAUGACUGAUACACCAGAUGAUUUUUGGUGUAAUGUACCACAAUUGAGUGAAUUUAAUUUGACCGAAGAACAAAUUCGAAACUUGGCCAUACCAAGUACAGUGGAAAAUGGUGUCAUGCAACACAGCAAAUGUGCUCGAUAUGCAAUCGAUUGGGAAAACUUAUUCAAUAUCUCUGACCCAGAUUCAAUUGACUUGCAACCGAACAUAUCAUGGCCGACCGAAUCGUGCCGCAACGGAUGGGUGUAUAACAAAACACACGUGACAUCCUCAAUUGUAAUCGAUUUUGAUUUGGUGUGCGAUCAUGAUAUCUAUCCAACUAUUGGAUUAAGUGCUUUAAACGUUGGUGGCCCAAUUGGCGUUUAUGUAUUUGGGAUGUUGAACGAUCGAGCUGGACGUCGAAUUGCAUACUUUGCAUGUUUGGCCACAUUGAUCGCGGGAAGUCUUAUCACCGCUGCAAGUGUCAACUUUUGGAUGUGGUGCUUCUCAAGAGUAAUCGUUGGCUUAACCAUUCCGGCCGUUUAUCAAAUUCCAUUUAUCAUCGCUUUGGAGCUAGUUGGUCCAGAUUAUCGGUCAUUUGUUACGGUGAUGACCUGCACAUUUUAUACAUUUGGCAUUAUGAUGUUAGCUGGUGUAACAUAUUUAGUGCCGAAUUGGGUUGAAAUGUGCUUAUACACAUCGACACCGUUUAUACUCUAUUUUCUUUACUUGUUCAUUAUGCCAGAAAGUCCACGAUGGCUAUUGGCCCAAGGAAAAUUUGAAGAAGCUUUAAAUAUACUGGAAGUUAUGGCUAGAGUCAAUGGAAAAAAGUUACCGAAUAGUUUUCGUAUAAAAUUGCAUGAGCGUGUCGAAGCAGAUAAAAUGCGUGUGAAGGAGAACGUCAAAUCGCUGAACAGUUUCGAUUUAUGCAGAACACCCAAUAUGCGUCUAAAAACUCUGUUAAUCACGCUGAAUUGGUUCGCAAACGAAACGGUGUACCUCGGGUUGUCUUACUACGGUCCAUCCUUGGGUGAUGAUCAGCAUUUGAGUUUUUUCCUAUCAUCUGUAGUUGAAAUUCCAAGUUAUUUGUGCUGUUGGUUCAUUAUGGACAGUUGGGGUCGCCGUUGGCCACUGUGUUUGCUCAUGAUUUUGAGUGGAAUUUUUUCCAUAAUAACGGUUCUGGUACCGGAUGAAGCCACCUUGGAGACUUUGAUCAUUUUUUUGGUGUCGAAAACAAUGAUUUCAGCAUCAUAUUUAAUAAUCUAUCCAUUCGCUGGUGAAUUAUAUCCAACGUCGGUGAGAGGCGUCGGUAUCGGUACAUCCUCCUAUGUAGGAGGACUUGGUUUAACUGUGAUUCCGUUUAUCAAUUAUUUGGGUAAAGAAAAUUUACGAUUGCCGUUGGUCGUGAUGGGAUUCAUAUCGAUUUUCGGUGGAAUAACUGGAUUACGAUUACCUGAGACCUUGCAUCAUCGUUUGCCACAAACACUUGAAGAGGGUGAAGAAUUUGGCAAAGAAUGGGAUUUACAGGACUGUUUUCGAUGUAUUCCAAUCAGGCCACAGCCGUCAAAUGAUGCAUCUUAUGAGAAUAUUGAUAAUUUGCCACCAGAAUUAGAAUUGCAUACACUGGGCAGCAUAUUAAUGGAGCCGGACGGAAUGACCGAAACGGAACAAACACCAUUGGACGCAAGACAGCGUCGACCAUCAAUGCGACAUCUUGUUCGACAAGCCAGCAUAAUUAACACACAAAAGGCUGAAGGUGCAAUGAAAUUAACAUAUUGGUUCUAAAAUAAAAUGCAAUGAUUUUUUGCUUGAAAUAAUCUUUAUUUAAUUGUAACAAGAUAUAUAUUGUGUAUAAGGGGAUCUCAUUAAUUUUAGCUAAAUAAUUUUAAUAAUAAUAAUUAAGUGCAUGUUUUUGUUGAACUUAACAAUUACUCUGUUACACUGUUCAUUCAUUAAUUAAGUCAAUGCAAUUCGUAAAAAUAUGUAUAUCGACGCAAGAGACUAUUUCCUGUCCAUUCUCAACAAAAAAGAGUUGUGCAUCGAUAUACUCGAAUUACAUUGCGUCACCUAGAUACAUUCCUUUAGAAAAAUAUAUAUUUUAUAUGAGAUAGCAAGUGCAUUAUUAGAUUUGUUUUCAACCAUUUUAAAUCCUAUUCAUAAAAUGUUUGUUUGGAGGGGUUUGAAGGAGAGAUAUGUUUUCUUUUUAUGAUUUUUUUUUUUAAUUUGUAUUUGAACUUAAUGAUUGUUGCAAAAAAAAUGCAUGAUUUAUUUUAAAAUGAAAAACAAAAGUAUAUUUAUUGGAUACACCAGCUAAACAUUGACAGAGACAAAAUAUAUGCACUACGACAAUUUUAUUUAUAUAUAUUAUUUUUAAUAGCAUAUUGUCGUAUUCAUCUUUCGAAUUACAAAUUGAAUUUCGUUGGAGUGGAGGACGUGAGUAAGAAGGUUUCUUAGAGCAAUAAAUGUGAGGAGGAACGCUCAUUCUCACGUAUAUCGCUCUGAAAAACGGCCUCUCGAAUCAAAUUAUUUGAAAAAUGUAAAAAUUUGCAAAGCCAAAAUAUCAUUUAAAAAUUUAAUACAUUUCAAUUCAAAUGUUCGUUGUUAUUCAACGCUUUUUCCGGUUAAUUUGUCAAAAUACCAUUGAUGAAAUCGAUCCAAAUGGAUCAGCUUGAUUCAUUUUGAAACGUUCAAAUAAAUUUAUGAGAAUUGAAAUUCCUUUUGGUCACAAGAAUAAUCAAUAAAUGAAAUUUUAAAUGAGUCGAUAAAAAUAUUUCGAUGUGUGUCAUUUGCAUAUCAAAUUUCUCAUAUUUCCCUCCAUCCCUUAUUUUUAACAAAAAAAUGUCAUUUGUUGAAAUGCAAUACAGUUUCCUAUUUGAUGCAUAUACUCUCUGUAUUACGGCACAUUAUUAAAUGCAAACCAUCGUUCUACAAAAAAGAAUACAAAAAAUUUGCCUAUCACAAUGAUGCCAUUUGCAUUCGCCAAGCUCUAACCAGUGAAAAAGUUCGCGAAAAAAUAUCAUAUAUAUAUUUUUUUGUCCAAAAUAUAGA